AGAGUUGGUUCUUGGUAGGAGGCGGAGUCCGAACACGGCGGACGUUGGGCGGAGCUGGGAAGUGAGAAACGUUAGGUUCGUUUCUGACUCGCAGCCCAUGGCUCAGGCUUCUCGCUCGGAUGGCCUUCUGCCUCCGCUAGCUACUGUGCCCCAGCUGUGGGCGCAACCCGCGGACUCUGGGGAGAAGCUAUGGGAGGGGAAUCGGGCGGGCGCCAGCCGCGGGGAGGGUUGUGGCAGGCAGGGGCUACCCGUUUCCGGGAGCAUUCCCUGUCUGGAUGCACGGCCCGGCGGAACUCCGGGAGGGCAGCAGUCCUGGCUGGCCUCGGCCGACUCGGGUGAGGAGCACGAGGCUGGCGCUGCGGACUGGAGGCGGGAGCCUACAUCUGGCAGCCCGAUACCGCUGGCGCUGCAGCGUCUCCGGGCUGUGUUAUUGCGGUUGCACCGCGAGCGAGAGCAACUCCUCCAGGCCCGGGAUUGCGCCCGCCACCUACAGGCGGCCGUGCACCUCUUAAAGACCCUGAGUCCCUGCACGCAUGCCAGCGGAAUCCGCCCCUUCCCAGAGCUGUGUCGCAACUUGCAUCUACACCCACCUCGAGAGACGGUUCAGAGAAUCGGCCUACGGGACGUUCCUGAGCCGCUACUCCUAGCACGCCCCAUCGGACUAGCGGCCCGCUGCCUGGAUGCUGCCAUUGAGAUGCAGCUUCGUUCCCUGGGUCGGGCGCCUGCCAGCCUAAGCCUGACGUCCCAACUCACUGAACUGUUGUUGGAGCUUCCUGUCUAUCACAAACUGCAGAGAAAAUCCAUGGGCCACCUCCCAAGGGCAGCGUGCCCUUUCUCCCCUACCCGUGUGCUCCAUCUCCUGACCUGGGAGCGGGGUUGCCAGGUGGCAGGUCGGCUGGAUGAGGCAUUCUGGGGAUCGGACUUCCGGGACCAGCUCCGAGAGCGAUGCCAUGAGGAGCGUGAGCUGUUGCCAGGGCUGCUGAGCCUCAUAGGGAGUGUGGCGAGUUCAGCCAACAGUGAACUGGGGCUUGGAGGAGCUGGAGCCCUGUGGAGCCAAUAUUGGACCCUGCUGUGGGCAGCCUGUGCUCAGAAUUUGGACCUAAAUUUGGGACCCUGGAGGGACCCCAGGGUAGCAGCACAACAGCUGAGUCAGGCACUGGGUCAGGCAUCCCUGCCUCAGGAGUGUGAGAAGGAACUGGCUUCUUUGUGUCACAGCCUACUUCAUCAGUCUCUUAUCUGGAGCUGGGACCAAGGUGAGAAAAGAGGGAUACUGGGGCAACUCAAGUCCCAGGUUGCCACUCCCCCAUCAGACUAUAUCUUCUUUUCCUCAGGUUUUUGCCAGGCCUUGGGAUCAACCCUUAGGGAUCAGAACAGCCCUGCCUCACUCUCUCAUACUACUCAACUGUUGCAGCAGCUCUUUCCACCUCUCUUGGAUGCUCUCCAAGAACUGAGGUCAGGAUUGAUCCAUUGCCGCCUUCCAGGUCCUGCACCUGCCGCCCUGGGACUCUGUACCUUACAGACUACCUUGCUCUGGUUCUUGAACAGAGCUCAGCAGAACCUGGCAGCUUGGAUCCCAGGUUCCUUUCUGUUCCUGAUCCAAAAGGACCUACCUCCUCUUUUGCAUGAGGCAGAAGCUCUGUCCAGCCUGGCCUUAGAGGAAAGCUUAGCCCUGGAGGUAGAGCAGCAGUUGGGCUUGGAGAUACAGAAGCUCACUACACAGAUGCAGCUCCUGCCUGAAGAGUCACUAAGUCUCUUUUUCCAAGAAUGUCAUAAACAAGCCACACAGGGCUUCAAGCUCUACAUGCCACGUGGUCGGUACUGGAGGCUUCGUCUCUGUCCUGAACUUCCCCAUGUUCCUAGUGAGUAUGCUGGUUUGGUAGUCCGAACUGUACUGGAGCCUGUAUUGCAAGGAUUGCAGGGAUUAUCACCCCAAGCCCAGGCCCUUGCCUUGGGUCAGGCACUGACAGCCAUCCUAGGUGCUUGGCUCGACCACAUCCUCACCCAUGGCAUCCGGUUCAGCCUGCAGGGAGCACUGCAGCUCAGACAAGACUUUGGAGUGGUCAGGGAGUUGCUUGAAGAAGAGCAGUGGGGCCUGUCCCUAGAGCUUCGGCAGACUCUGUUCAUGCUCAGCAUCUUCCAGCAGCUAGAUGGAGCCUUGCUGUGUCUACUACAGCAGCCUCUGCCCAAGACUAGAGUCCACCGGAGGCCUCCCUGUUGCUGUGUUUGUAAUGAAGUCCAGGCCACAGAAUGGCCCAGCAGCACCCUCAACAACCUGGAGAGCUUGGAGCCUCCUCUUCGGUCUGGAGCACCCCCAGCCCAGACCAAUCAGCUGCUAAGCACCCUAAGGGGAGGAGGACCUAGCCCUGAGGCUUACCUGGUGGGAAAUCAGCAGGCCUGGCUUGCCCUAAGGCUGAACCAGCACCCCCGUUGGCAACUGCCCUUUCUUUCGUGCCUGGGGACCAGUCCCGAAAUCUAAGGACCAGGAGCUCCCCGUCUCUGAUUAGAAAA